AUGCUUUCUGACCCUUCGGUCAAGUACAAGCCGUACACUCCCUUGAAUCUUCCCGACAGGCAAUGGCCUUCAAAAAUACACAACAGAGUACCUAUAUGGUUGUCUACGGAUCUACGCGAUGGGAAUCAGGCUCUUGCAAUACCGAUGACGGCAGAGCAGAAGAAUAUAUUCUUUGAUCAUCUAGUUAAGUGCGGAUUCAAGGAGAUCGAAGUAUCGUACCCUGCUGCGAGUGAAACCGACUUCAAUUUUACGAGAAGCUUGGUCGAGAAAAGAAGGAUACCCGACGAUGUUUGGAUCCAGGUCCUUACUCCAGCUCGGGAGGAUCUUAUCCGUCGGACGUUCGAAUCAGUUGCUGGUGCCAAGCACGUAAUUAUCCACAUGUAUAAUGCUACAUGCCCUAUGUUCCGUGAAGUCGUAUUCCAAAAUUCCAAGGCUCAAACUAUUGAGCUGGCUAUCAAGCAUACACAGCUUGUCAGAAGGUUGACGGACGAAUACGCGGAGAAAUUUGGAACGAAGUUCAAGUAUGAAUAUAGCCCGGAAACCUUUACACAGACGGAACCGGAAUUUGCGCUUGAGAUUUGUGAAGCGGUCAAGACAGCCUGGGGGAAGGCUGAUCCUGGAGAGGAUCGCAUUAUAUUCAAUUUGCCGGCGACGGUUGAAAUUGCUCCUCCAAAUCACUAUGCUGAUCAAAUUGAAAACUUUUGUCGAAAUAUCUCCGAAAGAGAGAAGAUCAUUGUCAGUUUGCAUCCACAUAAUGACCGCGGUACUGCUAUUGCAGCUGCUGAAUUGGCUUGCAUGGCUGGUGCAGACCGUAUCGAAGGCUGUAUAUAUGGGAACGGCGAACGCACAGGAAAUGUCGAUCUUGUCAAUCUUGCCUUAAAUCUAUAUACGCAGGGCAUCCAUCCAAAGCUCGACUUCAGCGAUAUUCAAGCGUGCAUCGACAUUGUGAAUCAAUGCAAUGACCUUCCCGUACAUCCUCGACAUCCAUACGCUGGCGAGCUCGUCUUCACCGCAUUCUCAGGUUCACAUCAAGACGCGAUCAAGAAGGGCUUCGAGGCGCAGACAAGGAGACAUGCAGAAGCAGCGGCGAAGGGCGAGCUGCAAAUUUGGGACAUGCCAUACCUCCCAAUCGACCCUCGCGAUCUGGGUUGCACGUAUGAGGCGGUCAUCCGCGUUAACUCGCAAUCUGGAAAGGGUGGCAUUGCGUAUAUUGUGAAGACCCAUUUGGGCCUUGACAUGCCUCGAAAGAUGCAAAUUGCUUUCUAUAGUAUCAUACAGGAGAUAUCCGACCGCGAAGCGCGCGAGAUGACGGUGGACGAUAUCACCACUGCUUUCCGUUCUUCUUACCACCUUGGUGGACCAAAAUACGACGGUCGUCUCGUCUUGCGAUCGUUCAAAGUCACAGACGAACCGGUAUCGGAUCCAGUGGAUCAAACUCCGUUUGAAGAAGGUGAAGCGCCUGAUGAACGACGUCACUUCGAUGGAACUCUUUCCGUUGACAGCGUAUUCAGAGUAGUACACGGUGAUGGGAACGGUCCCUUAUCGGCUUUCUUGGACGCAUUGAAGAUGCACUUGGACAUCGACCUUUCUAUUCGAGAAUACAGCGAACACACCAUAGGCGAUGGCCAGAAUGCAAAAGCAGCGUCAUACGUCGAGGUCGUGGAAGCGAAGCGCGAGCCUGGACAACGACAGGAAGGCUGGUGGGGAGCAGGAAUCGAUACGGACAUAGCUGGUUCCGGUUUACGCGCGGUCUUGAGUGCGGUCAAUAAUUAUAUCGGUGAUCGUGCAUUGCCUGAGUUGAAGCUAUCUGUCGGAUUCAAUGCGCGUUCCGGUCCGGCAGACGUGGCUUCUGUCAUUCUCAACGAGCUUCAGUUAGAUCUUCCACGACGCAUGCAAGCUCACUUCUUCGAGGCCGUGCAGCGCGCCUCCGCAGAUGGCGCGAUCAGCUACGAUGCGCUAACUGCGCUUUUCAGGAAGACAUACGGCUUCACUGUACGCGAACUCCCAAUCCUCCUGCAAAAAUUCACAAUGGAACACCUUGGCGAAGGCGAAGUGCGCUCAAUAAACGCAACGGUAUUCAUUAACGGACAAGAAAUGCUCGUCACUGGCGAAGGAAACGGUCCGUUAUCAGCUGUCUUGGCUGCAUUAGCACCUCAUCAUGAUGGAACGUUCACUGUACGCGAAUAUUCGGAACACUCGAUUGGCUUGGGUGCAGGCGUGAAAGCUGCAUCGUAUGUGGAGCUCAUACAUACUGUUGACGUCGACGGGCAUCAAAAGAAAUCAAGCUGUUGGGGAGCGGACAUCGAUGAGGAUAUUAGUGUUUCUGGUGUUAAAGCAUUGCUCAAUGCUGUUGCGCUGCAUGUACCUUUGCGCUCGAAGAGCAAUGGCACAGUGGUAUAG